AAAAAAACUUCCUUUCCGGAAUGCUGACGUGGUCCGCCAAACACCCACAAAAACACUGUUUGGCUCAAAACAAGUUCCACCGUCCGAUUCUCAUUGUCGGCGGCGUAGUCACCAACACAGAACCGAGGAACGACGACGAUCUAAAGCCCACGCGUCUCACUGCUAUUGGUCCUUGCCACAUUCAAUUAUUUCAUCCCAAUACACACUUUUCUCCUUUUUCCCGAUUCAGUAAAAAUCUCAACAGAAUUGAUUGGGAAACCAGGGAUCAGAUCCUCCUGGAUUUUCUCUAUUGUCAAAUUCCAGUUCUUGGGUGGUUCUUUAUCGUAAUUUUUGAAAAGAUUUACGCCGGCGUCGAGGCGUGGACCUCCUAGCAGUUGCCUGUUGUUCCCGAUUUGUCUCCGGCGAGGGUUCUUUUUUGUGGACUGAGGUUCGGAGAGAUGGUUAGUUCUUCUGUGGAAAGGGCCACGAGCGAUAUGCUUAUCGGUCCAGAUUGGGCUAUGAAUAUCGAGAUCUGUGAUAUGUGCAACCGUGAUCCUGCACAAUCAAAAGAUGUUAUAAGAGGUAUAAAGAAGCGGCUUGGUAGCAAAAAUCCAAAAGUCCAGCUUCUUGCCUUGACGCUACUGGAGACUGUUGUGAAGAAUUGUGGUGAUAUUGUCCAUAUGCAUGUUGCUGAGAAAGAUUUACCCCAUGAGAUGGUGAAAAUUGUGAGAAAGAAGCCAGACUUUCAAGUAAAAGAGAAGAUAUUGAUUCUAAUAGAUACUUGGCAAGAAGCUUUUGGAGGACCAAGGGCAAGAUAUCCCCAGUAUUUUGUGGCAUAUCAGGAUCUAUUGCGUCUUGGUGCAGUUUUUCCUCAGAGAUCUGAGAGGUCUGCACCUGUUUUCACGCCACCACAAACACAUCCAUUGACAUCUUAUCCACCUAAUCUUCGUAAUACUGAAUCUGGACCUGAUGCUGCUGAAUCUUCUGCAGAAGCUGAGUUUCCAACAUUAAGCUUGACAGAACUUCAAAAUGCUCGUGGUAUCAUGGAUGUUCUUGCUGAAAUGCUGAAUGCAUUGGAUCCUAGCAACAAAGAGGGACUUAAGCAGGAUGUCAUUGUUGAUCUAGUGGAACAGUGUCGUAAUUACAAGCAAAGAGUGGUGCACCUUGUUAACUCAACAUCGGAUGAAUCGUUAUUAUGCCAAGGGCUAGCACUGAAUGAUGACUUGCAACGUUUACUGGCUAAGCACGAGUCAAUUGCUUCUGGAGCUAUCUCUGCCCAGUUGGAGAAGCCAAAAUCCGUAGUAGAGAAGACAAAUUCUGAACCUUCUAAAGCUUUGGUCCCUGUUGAUGCCCCUCUUAUCGAUACAGGCGAUGCCACUCAAGACUUACAUUCAACAUCCAACACGAGCUUAGGGAGGCAACUAUCCCUCACUUCUCCACUGGCUAAUAGCGGUCAGCCGACAACUCCAGGAAAAGCCGACCCAAAAAUAGACCUUUUGAGUGGAGAUGACUUCAAUUCGCCCACGGAAAACUCUCUGGCUCUUGUCCCCGUGAGCCAACCUCAGCCGACGAGCCCCAUUGUUUCACAACAGAAUGCGCUUGCUCUUGUUGACAUGUUCUCAGGAAGUAAUAACAGCCAGCCUAUGAAUCCCAUUGGGCAAGCCUAUCCUUCCUCUACCCAAUUCCAGCAGCAAACGAAUUUUCAGUCUCCACAGACUUCUUUAGACCCCAACGGCACUCUAUCUGGGCCCAUGGUAGCUCAACAGGAUCAACCACUCUACUCACAAGGCUCUGGUCCUGCAUGGAGUGGCCAGAUGGCCCAGCAACAGCAGCCUCCUUCACCCAUUUAUGGUACUCAAAACAGUGCCUUUCCCCCUCCACCAUGGGAAGCCCAACUGGAUAACAGCAGCCUCGACAGGCAGCCUCCACAAAUGCAAGCUGUAAACCCCACAGGCCAAUCACCGAGCGCCACAUAUCUCCCUGUCGCCAACAAUCAGGUCAUCGGGCCAUACAACGGCCACCUCCCCACUAGUAAUCAAAUGUCGGGCCCAGGCCCAAACCCCAUGGUCAUCUAUCCUCAGCCAAUGCAAUCAGGACAGAUGAUGGCUGGUUACACGUAUCCUCAGCAGAUGUAUGGAAACCAGAUGGCCGGUUACGGAUAUGGUUAUGGCUAUGGCUAUGGCCCACAGCAAAAUGUGCAGUUCAUCCAGCAAGGCAUGUCGGGCCUAUCUAUGAGGGACGAUAUCGGGCUCAGAGGUUCUUUGUACUCAUCGUCAAGUAUGCGGCCAUCCAAGCCCGAGGACAAGCUGUUUGGGGACUUGGUUGACUUGUCCAAUUUCAAAAAAGGAAAAACUACUCCAGGUAGAGCUGGGAGCAUGUGAGGAGGGAGAAUAUGGGCUUGGAUUUAGAGGGUGUGACUUGUGAGGGAAUAAGGCAUCGCUGUAGCUGUUGUAUUGCAAUAACAAACGACGGAUAGCAGCAAAAUAUGGUUUCUUGUUAUUUCAAAGCAACAUUACCAGCGGCUCAACUGUUUUGGGAGGUUGUUUCCAUUAAUAAUUAGGUCAUCAAAUAGAUUUGACACCUAUCAGGGCUUCUGAAAGGCUCUUAGGGCAACUUUAGUGGUAGCUUUUUGAGUGAGGUUUUGAGUUUACAAACCUUAGAUUUUCCAUAAGAGAAGACAACUUUAAGGUAUGAGUUUACAAACCGGUGUUGUAUUUGCAAACCUUGCCAAAUCUCAAUUUAAAAUUAUUUUUUAAGAGGGCCCACUAAUUGAGAGGGCCAUGACAAUAUUAAAUAUUACAUCCCA